AGUAGAAGGAGAGAGGAGAAAGAAGAAACGUUUUGUGCACACACAGUUCCUACGACGUCAGCGAUGGGUCGCAGCGGAGAGCUGAGCGACUUCCAGCGGGGCACCGUAGUCGGAUGCCAUAUGUGUAAAAAGUCCCUGAGGGAGAUCGCCACCUUGCUCAACCUUCCGCGCUCCACCGUCAAUAACGUCAUCGUGCAAUGGAAGCGAGAGGGCCGAACGUGCCCGUUGCCCCGCUGCGGACGGCCGCACAAGCUCAAGGAGGAGCAUCGGCAGGUUCUGGAGCGGAUGGCCCAGGAGCAGACCUUCCCGUCUCUGCAGGCGCUCGCUGCGGAGUUCAGGCGGGUGUCCGGAGCUAACGUCAGCGCGGCCACCGUAAGCAGGGAGCUGCGGGAGAUGGGCCUCAGUCGGCGGUCGUCCUCCGAAGGCAAGGCCAAAGAAAGGAAGAAGGCACAAAAAGUGGCCGAAGUCUCCGUUGAGGACAAAGCCGAGGUGGACGCGUCCCACCUGGACCUGCGGGCGGGCUGCAUUAUUAGGACCAUGCAGCUCCCGGGUACGGACGGCUUGUACUUGCAGCAUGUGGAUGUUGGCGAAGCUCACCCGAGGACGGUGGUCAGCGAAUGCGCAGCCAUCAACCAGUUUCAGAACUGCAUGGCUGUUCUACUGUGCAACCUGAAGCCCACGCAGGUGCGAGGCGUGGCGUCCCAGGCCGUGGUCGUGUGCGUGAGGUCACUGGGUAUGGUGGAGAUCCUCGCACCUCCGCCUGGAGCAGUACCUGGCGAUAGAGUCACCAUUCAUGGAUUUACAGGCAACCCGGACAAGGAGCUGGACUCCGCCAAUGUCUAUGAACAUGUUGGGUCAGAGCUCCGCACAGACAGCCAGUGUGUGGCUACCUACAAGGGCGUGCCCCUGGAGGUCGUGGGCAAGGGCGUGUGCCGAGCGCCCACCUUGAGCGACUGUGAGGUCGUCCUGACACAUGUAGGAGCAGCGUGAUGGAGAAGCGGACACUUUAUUUUUUUUCUCAACUGUAAACGUGGACAACAUUCCAACUGGAAGGAGAUGCUUAAUUCCAAUUUUGUUUUCCUUUUGGAAUCGCAUUGUUUUCAGCAGAAGUUUGUUUUCACUUGAAUUUACCGUAUUUACUCCAAUCCAAUAGAUGCUGUGCCUCUAUUAAUUGCCUUAAAUGCUUCCUAGUUUCCCCCUAAUGGAGUGUCAUUAGAUAACUGUCAUUACUUUUAAAUGACACCUAAGCAAAAUACAAAUUGCAUAGUCUUAACACCUUACUACUAAAAAGUGAAUGCCUCAUUCCCUCUUUUCUAUUGAUAACUAAUUACUUUCAUCCAGUGUUUGGAUCGGGCACAUGAACUUACAGUAUACAAACCUCAUAAUUGCCUUACAAUCCUUCCAUGAACUUGUUCAUAUAAAAUACAACAGCAGGGGGUGCUAUUGGGUAAUUAUCGCCUUUAUCCAAUCGACAGUGUUUUGCUCCCUGGAAGAAAAAAAAAAACAUUUACACUUUGCUUCAAAUGCGUCAAUGGUGAAAUACACAUUGCAGCCAUUAGGCAAGAGCAAACAGAAUCUACUUUGUAAUUGUUCUGUCGACACAUUAUUGUUAAAAUCUGUCCUUGAGAAAGCCUUUGUGCAAAUUUGAAUGCCUUACUUCCAGUACAUGCCUCAUAGUUGUUGCAGUAAGUGACUAAAUGGCCUCUAUUUGUGGAGGAAAUACGGUAUCCAUUGUUACUUUUUUGCCGAUUUACAGUAUGUGUCAGAUUUGCUGUUUACCUGGCAACAUUUAUGCUUUAUGAUUUGAAGAAUGUGUAUGGAUGGAAGUCAUUAAAGUUGUUGCUAAUUUUGAUUUUUAUAACGUCACCUCACCCCUGUACAUUGUUGACCUGUGUAUUAUGUCAUGAAUAAAAGUGAAUGAAAAAAAUA